GGCGGUGGGUGGGCGGGGCGAGUUUGGUUGCACCAACACCGGUACAUAGGCGCGGACCGGCGUGUCCUUGGACUUAGAGAGCGGGACGUCCGGCUUCCAAGCGGGAAGGUGUGUAGCGCCGGCGACGAAAGAGAGAGUUAAAUAUGGGUGAUGUUGAGAAAGGCAAGAAGAUUUUUGUUCAGAAGUGUGCCCAGUGUCACACCGUGGAAAAGGGAGGCAAGCACAAGACUGGGCCAAAUCUCCAUGGUCUUUUUGGGCGGAAGACAGGUCAGGCUGCUGGAUUCUCUUACACAGACGCCAAUAAGAACAAAGGCAUCACCUGGGGAGAAGAUACCCUGAUGGAGUAUUUGGAGAAUCCCAAGAAGUACAUCCCUGGAACAAAAAUGAUCUUCGCCGGCAUUAAGAAGAAGGGAGAAAGGGCAGACUUGAUAGCUUAUCUCAAAAAAGCUACUAAUGAGUAAUAAGUGGCCACUGCCUUAUUUAUUACAAAACAGAAGUGUCUCAUGACUUUUUUUAUGUGUACCAUAAUUUAAUUGAUCUCUUAUACCAGAAUUCAUAUCAUGAGUGGCUGACAGAAUAUUUUUGUUGGACAGUCCUGAUUUAACUAAAACUGGUUUGUGGUUAUGUGAAUACGAUCUUUUUUUAAUUUCAAUAGUAAUUUCAAUUUUGAAAAUGCUAUCUCACUGUUUUCCCCCUUCUAAGGAUAAGAUUGUAUUUGAUUAGUAAUGUUCAACUUUUCACAAAGAUGGUGAAUGCCAUCUUAAAAUCUAUUGGAAAUUGGUUUUAUAUUUAGAUUUAUAUAACUGGUUAUAUGAAUAUAUUUAAAUACUGAGGAAGUCCCUUAACUGUCUCAGAACCAAGCAAGGCUCGUCUUUUUUGUGUUCAUUGGCCUCUUAAAAGCAAGGACUGAAGAUAAAGUAGCAAUAUCUACUUUAUAUUUUUGGUUUUAACUAUGCCAAUCUAAUUAGAAUUCCCUGUAUCUAAAAAUACUUUUACUUACUAAAAGAUAUUUUAGUGUGGUUUAUGUAUAAUAUCAAAUAAAUACUUUAAUGCUUCUCCGUUUUUAUAGGCAAUCUUUAAGGUCAAGUGCUUUUAAAAGUUAGUGUGACAGGAAAUAGUAGCAAGUUAACCUUUACUUUUGAAUUCUUUAUUAUCUAAGUCAGACCUAAGUUAUAAUUUAGGAUUGUCUUUAAAACAGCCAUCAAAAACACAUAAAACCGUGGAACUACUAUGUAUGUGUGAUUGGGAAUGGUGCUUUUGCCAACUCAUUAGAGGGAUUAAAGUAGGGGAGAUAUAUGCAAAUUUUAAAAUUAUGUGUGAUCCUGAAACUUGAGAUAAUUAAAAACAAAAUCACAGAUCAUAA